CUAUCGGCUCGAUAUAAUGCAAACCUCAACGGCAAACCCAAAUGCCGAUCCAGAACCAGGUCCAAAUUGGUACGUAGCAAAAAGAAUCUGGGGUCAAGCUUGGCAAGUGCACUGGAUAGGACUUGGUKUUGCCUUUGCUCUGAUAGCSGUGCAUUCACUCGUUGCGAUGCUGAUGGCUGAUAAGCGUAAAGCGUUUACMAGGAGGCUCUUGUUCUAUGCCAUUAAUUCUCUGCUUGUUAUUUUUGGAUCAGUACGUGCUCUUUUAUUGUUGACUGAUCCUUAUGGGUCUUCAGAACAUGGCUUCAAUAUUGAAUUAUGGCUAACAMGAGUUCUCUUUGGUCUURCUUUUCCUUGUCUAACUUCUGCCUUUUGUCUCGUUCAUGUGGCUUUUCUGGAAGUAUCCAAACUACAGCUUGGCUCSAAGAAGYUCCACAGUCUACCAUUCGUAUUCUCCAUCAUUGUCUUGCAUUUCAYCGUUGUUCUGGUWUCWGAWWUAACYGUKGCACUCGAAGCAGACAARACUGAGCUUCUGAUUGUCUGUCAGUCGUUUUUCAUCGUCUGGGGAUUCAUCAAUUCCAUCGCUUUUCUCUACAGUGGAGGUAAAGUCAUCUUGACAUCGAGGAGAGCCAAGAAACAACUCAACCAGAUUAACCUACAAGAAACGAGCAACGAUGGAAAUGCAGGAAGAAAGAAGUCAACCGUCAAAGUAGCCAAGAUCACAAURKUGACUGCCUUUCUUGGGUUUGUGUGUUGUGGUCUACAGAUCUACUCYAUGGUUGGGSUAUAUGGYCUGUACUCUAGRGUCKUCAAUCCCGCUCCCUGGCCUUGGUACGGUUUCCAGACGUGUUUUCGUAUGAUGGAGUUAGSGAUGGGUUGUACUCUUGCUUAUACCGUAAUACAACCAUUAGAAAAUCGUAGAAGUGUUUUGCAAAGGUUGAACCUUUGUUGCUAGCAUUUUUAGAAGAGGUUCUAGAUAACUAUAGUAGUACCGUGAAGAGUAACGCUAACUUCACUGCCGACUUAAUUAAGAUUCAAAUUACUGUUAGCAAGUGCAAGUGUAAAAUAAAAAAUGAUGUAAAGAUGAAAUAACAUGUUUAUCAUUCAAUAGUAGUAAUGAAUUAUGCGUUCGGUGUGUGUAAGAGAGAAUAAGAGAAAAAUAUSAAAUGSCCUUGGCGGGAAKCGAACCCACGUCUUUGGUCCGMUGUGUUAACCACUACACKACAAGGACCAACMACGCUGGUAACGCAGCCGGAAUAUGAAAGGUAGGGUACUCGUGAGGAUCCCAGAGCGAUAUUUUUUCUCUAUCGGUAAGUUGAACACCGUAAAUAUGUACCCAAAAGAAUAGACAUAGUAUAGUGUUUAUCAUUCAACUCAGUAUUCACUUCAUGUAGAAUCAAUACUAAAAAU